UGCUGAAUUCCAGUAAACAAUUUCAGAAAUUCUGUAUAUCAGUAAAAUAGUGUAUUGCUGGAUUGGUUUCAGCAAACGAAAUUGCUGGAAGAUUGAUCGAAAAUUUGGUGUGAUAACUUCGUUUAUGGGAAGGUUCACUUCGUCUGCUCACACCUUGACCAUAUCACAGGUUUGUUGUUUUAUAUCAAUCUCGUUUUUUCGCUAAAUGUCAUAAAGGAGCUGAAGUCGUUUAUAUUUUUUACAAUUGUUUUUACAUUGAUGUACCGUUAAGUCACCAGUCACCGUACGGCCUCCAUUCACCGUGCACAUGCACUUCGUUUAAACGUGAAGGGGCCUCUCCGGAAUCUAGGAAACCGCCAGUUUUUCGAAAACUACUCGAUUGGGGCGCUUAUGUUGCGAACUUUGUAACAAGAUUCAGCACCUUGGAAAAUGUGUGUGCCUAAUUAUACGCCUCAAUCAAGCUAUAAAUUCAAUGGACACAUUUCCGAAAGUGCGAACACGCAAAAACUAUUGUGGCACCAAGCAUAGUCGCGUGCAAGUGCAAUUUAUGCACAAGUAAGAACAGAGUCAUCUAAACCCGCCAUACAUCUUCCUCAAUGAAUGAAGCUCAAUUCGAUCCAUUAUCCACUACGAAUUACGACAUUUGUGUGGAUAAUUGUGUUUUACCUGAUGACCGUUCCAUUCUCAACGGAUGAUGCAAUUGCUCCACUUUCAAUAGGCAUCUGUAUACCAUUCAUCAAGUGAACAAUACUUCCCUAUCGGUCAAUAAAUUUGCCGUAACUCGCGCUAGUCAUAUGCCAUCAUUCAGCCAAUGACGAGAUGCCCAGCCAUGUGUCGUUCAAUCAUUGUCUUUCUUUUCGGUUCCGUUUUGGUCCAUCCGACGGUUUCUGUCGUUCCAUUCUUUCGCUGUGUAGAUGAGCCCAAUCCUGCAUCACCAGUCCCUCGAAUCGUUGGAGGAUACGGUAUUGCCAUCAGCGCACUUCCUUUCAUUUGUUCCAUCCGUCAACGAGCUUCGGCGGCGCCAGUGGAUGACGGACAAUGGAAUCGGUGGUGCGGAGGAACGGUCCUGAACGAAAACUGGCUGCUUACUUCCGCUCAUUGCAUUUUCGGAGUGGAUAUCGCACGUUUAUUGGUUGUUUGCGGCUUACGACAAGCCCGAACUAUCCAGCAAGCACAAAUAAAACCGGAUUACGUAAACGGAAGAAAGGGAAACGAUUUGGCGUUGGUUCUGCUCAAAAAAGCACUGGUUUUCGAUGAAAAUGUACAACCUAUUCCAGUUUUCGAUCAGCAGAUGCUUCCAUCCAACGCAGCAACUAUCAUUGGCUACGGAUUAACUUCUUACGAUGAGGUUGGUUGGCAACCACGUUCUUUACAGGCUGCUUUAGUUCCAAUACUCUCAUACGAACAAUGCUACCAACGACUUGGCUAUCUAGCGGCUUAUCUAACAGCUGAUAUCAUCUGCACUGAUAAUGGCGUAACCGCUGCCGGAACCUGUUCAGGGGAUUCCGGAGGUCCAGUCAUCAUUGCUAUGGAGCGGCAAGCUUUUAACCUACUAGCGAUACCCUCGUGGACGGUUAGUCCUUGUGGAAGUGGACCAUCAAUGCAUACUUUGGUGGCGUCUCAUAUUGACUGGAUUCUCGAUGUCAUCACUCCGAAUCUUGUGCGCAAUAAAUGAAUAUUAUAGUUAUAGUCUAGGGUCGAUGUACCAAUAGCCAAUUAGCUUUAAAUACAAUUUUGUGUGAAAUCGAAUAUUAAAACCAUUGAUAUUAUUUA